CUAUUCCUCCCACUGACACCAAUGAUGGGACACUAUUCCUCCCACUGACACUAAUGAUGGGACACUAUUCCUCCCACUGACAUCAAUGAUGGGACACUAUUCCUCCCACUGACACCAAUGAUGGGGCAUGAUUCUUCCCACUGACACCAAUGAUGGGGCACUAUUCCUCCCACUGACUAAUGAUGGGGCACUAUUCCUUCCACUGACUAAUGAUGGGGCACUAUUCCUCACACCAUCAUUGGUGUCAUGGGAGGAAUAGCACCCCAUCAUUGGAAUACCAUACUGAAAUAGCAUACCAUAUUGAAAUCAAAUCUGAUG